AUGGUCGAGACCGAUAUCGUUCCCCGCAUUGGGGACGCGAUCAUGUGGGCCCUGGAAAAGCCCAGCCACCUCCUCGUUACCGUUUUUGGCGCCGUGUUCCUGUUCCACCUCAUUCCCUUCAUCACCAAUGCCGCCGUGAGGAAGUAUCCCGGCCCUCUGCUCGCCAAAUUCACCGACUUUUGGCUUCUCCGCAAGGCCAUGGCCGGUCAUCGCUUCCAGACCGUCCACGAGCAGCACAAGAAGUACGGCAAAUUCGUGCGCAUCGCACCCAACCACAUCUCCAUCGCUGACCCCGACGCGCUCAACCCGGUCUACGGCCACGGCACCGGCACGCUGAAGCCCGCCUACUACGACGCCUUUGUGCCGCCGCGACCCUUCCCGCGCGGUCUGUUCAACACGCGCGACCGUGCUGAGCACACGCGCAAGCGAAAGAUCGUAUCGCACACGUUUGCACCCAAGACCAUUGUAGCAUUCGAGCCGUUCAUCCGACGCGAGGUGCAGCUGCUCCUCGAGCGCUGGGACGAGUUCUGCGAAAAGGCCGCCAAGUCCAACGCCGAGGGUCCGCGCGGCAUCAAGGGCCGUGCGUGGCUCGACUCGCUCCUCUGGCUCAACUACUUUGCCUUUGACACGAUCGGCGCGCUCGCGUUCGGAAGCACGUUCGGCAUGCUCGAAAAGGGCGUGGACGAGGCCAAGGUGGAGUACGAGGACGCCAACGGCAACAAGCAGGUCGACUACUGCUCGGCGGUCAAGAUCAUCAACGAGCGCGGCGAGUUCUCGGCCACGAUGGGUCUGGCGCCCGUGUGGAUGCGUCCGUACCUGCUCAAGCUGCCCUGGUUUGCCAACCGCCUCAAGUCGGUCAAGAAGCUCACCGGUAUCGCGCUGGCCCGUGUCAACGACCGCCUGCAGAACGGAUCGGAGCGCGAGGAUCUGCUGGCCAAGCUGCAGUCGGCCAAGGACGACCGUGGCGAGCCGAUGGGCAAGAUGGAGCUCACCGCCGAGGCGCUUACGCAGCUGAUUGCCGGAUCCGACACGACGUCCAACACGGCGUGCGCGAUCGUGUACCACCUGUGCACGCACCCGGACAAGAUGCGCAAGCUGCAGGCUGAGCUGGAUCGCGAGUUGCAGCACGCCGAGGAGGUGCCGCUGCAUAGCGAUGUGCAGGAGCUGCCGUACCUGCAGGCGGUGCUGAGCGAGUCGCUGCGCUUCCACUCGACGUCGGCGAUCGGGCUGCCACGUGUGAUUCCUGAGGGUGGCGCGACGGUAUGCGGCGAGCACUUCCCGGCGGGCACGGUGCUGUCGGUGCCUGCCUACACGCUGCACCGCACGCAGUCGGUGUUUGGCGACGAUGCCGAAGAGUACAACCCGGACCGAUGGCUGGCACCCAACGCCAAGCGCGACUUUGACAAGGCGUUCAUCCCGUUCUCGGUGGGCCCUCGUGCGUGCGUCGGACGCAACGUGGCCAUGAUGGAGCUGUCGGUGCUCAUCGCUGCCGUGUUCCGCCGCUACGACAUUGUGCUCGCCGAGCCCAACAAGCCGCUCGAGACGUUUGAGGGAUUCCUGCGCAAGCCCGUCGAGCUCGAGAUCGGCCUCAAGCGUCGCAGCUGA